ACGAGGUUUCAUUUUUCGGGAAGAUGGCGACUUGCGUAGAGGAGCAAAAAGAUGCGAUGAGUAAAAUUAGUUUCUCAACUAACGGGCUGAAAAUGAGCGUUAAAUCCUACAUUUUUAUGACAAUAAUUUGUUUUUGGAGUGUGAUAAGUGUUGCCACAGAAUCUGUGCCUCGACCCCGCGGUGUAUCUUUAACGAAUGAGCCGCUUUAUCGUGAUACAGAAUGGUUCACCUGCUUAGAUGGAUCAAGACGGAUUCGUAGGAAUCUAGUGAAUGAUGAUUACUGUGAUUGCAUUGAUUCAUCGGAUGAACCAGGUACCUCAGCGUGUCCGCUUGGGAAAUUCCAUUGCAACAACAGGGGGUUCCGACCUAAGUAUAUCCCCACAUCCAGAGUCAACGAUGGCAUCUGUGAUUGCUGUGAUGCUUCCGAUGAAUACAAGGGGGAAGGGGCAAUAAAAUGUGUUAAUAACUGUCGUGAGUUGGGAAAGGCGGACCUGGAGCGCAGAAAGCAAGAAAUUAUUCUGAUGAACCAGGGGUUUGAAGUCCGGCAGGAAUACAUAAAGCAAGGUGCUGAGAAGAAGGUUGAGAGAGAGGAGUCAAUUACAAAACUGAGAGAAGAAAAAGAACUUGCUGAUCAGAUUAAGGAAGAAAAAGACAAGCUCAAGCAGGAGGCUGAAGCUCCAGAGACGGAGGCAAAAGAUGCCCACAAGAAACUGUGGGAAGCACAGCUGGAACUUCUCAAAGCAACCAAGGAGAAGCAAAAGACUAGCGAUGCUUUCGAUGAGUUAGACCUUGAUGGAAAUGGACGAGUCUCUCCAGAUGAGCUUUUAAAUCACAAGGAAUUUGACGCUGACGGAGAUGGAGUAGUGUCUGAGGAUGAGGCUAAGGCCGUCCUUAAAGGUUUGGAUCAAGCUCAAAAAUCCACAUUCACUGACAUUAUCUGGCCGUCCAUCAAGGGCAAGUUCAUAUCACUGCAACAGGAUCAGUCCGAUGAGACCACACCCCCUACCACCCAAGAAGAGGGUGAUGGAGGAGAGCCGUAUGAAGGAGACAUGGGUGACCCCGGGGACGACUACGACCCGGGAGAGGAUGUGGACGAUGCUGGGGAUGAGGAGGAUGAUGACGAGGAGUAUGACAAGGACAUGGACGAGGAGGCGAUCAUGGAGAAAUAUCGACGGAAUCAACAAGAGAAAGAGAAGAAAGAGAAAGGAGGGGAAGAUGAGGAGGCCAUGCCGGAGUAUGAUGAGGCCACUCAGGUGCUCAUUGAAGCUGCCGAUAUAGCACGAGACGACUUUAAAGCAGCUGAAAAGAGAUCCAACGAUAUUAAAAGAUCCAUCGAAGAUCUGGAAAAACUGCUCCGAGUCGACCUGGGACCACAUCAAGAAUUCCAACCUUUACAAAACCAGUGUUUUGAAUUUACAGAUAGAGAAUAUACUUAUAAACUGUGCCCCUUCGACAAAACCAGUCAGAGGCCAAAAACAGGAGGUUCAGAAACGUCGUUAGGGACCUGGGGGCAAUGGGAAGGUCCAGUCGAAAAUAGAUAUAUAAAGAUGAAAUAUUCUGGAGGUAAAAACUGCUGGAAUGGACCAGACAGAUCAACGAUGGUAAUACUACGAUGCGGCACAGAAAACAAACUGCUAGCAGCAAGCGAGCCAGAACGUUGUACCUAUGAGUUUGAGUUUGAAACUCCAGCAUUAUGCACAAUAAAAACAGAUCCCCAAACGGGGGAGACAGAUAAUCACGAUGAACUAUAACCAAAGCACGACUGUCUUUCUACUAAUGUGUUCAUAAUUUAGGUAAAGCGUAAGUUAGGCAUGAUUGGUUGGGUACAGUAUUGGUUAAUUUUGCAAAAUGUUGUUCUCUCCCUGUUUGAUUGGAAUAAACAAUGGUAAUUUUUGUAAAUUUUGAACUGUUUGUAAGUUGAAUAAUUGAACUUGGCUCUCACAUGCGUUCUUCAAAGACUCAAGUCUUUUCAGAGUUGAAAGUUUCUAUCAUAAGAAAUGGUUUGAAAGAUUUUGGGUGAAAUUACACACAACAUAAUAUGCCAGGAUAGGAAGUAAACAUUGCUAGUAAUUUUGCGAGUACAACAAUGUGUAAAUCUCUAAAGGGAAGAGCUGAUGUGUUCUUAACGUUUCGAACAGUAUAUUCUGCUCGUCUGCAGGAGAAAUCUGUGACAGUUAACUAGUAGGGCCAGGCAAACAAAUCUUAGUCCAAACAGUUUUGUCGUGAGUGGAAAAAAGUGGAGGAUUGAGGUCACCUUUGGGCAAGUUGGUCUAGUGAGUGACUUAAUUGAAAAGUCUUUUGCUUUGGCACCUUCGACAAAACUAUUAACUCGGGGUGAUGAAAUCCUUUGAUUGAACCAUACCAUAUCAAAGUAACCAAUACUGUACUAAGUCUUUAAAAAUUAUGUUAAUAAUUCUGGCGGACUUUGCCAGCGUAGAUCGUGAUGUUACGUAUUUUCAUAAGACAUUUUUUCACAUGAGGGGGAUAUUUACAGGUUUUGGUAGGGAAAUCUUUUGGUAUACAAAAUUUGUUAUUUCAUCUGAUUUGUUUUGUUCGUCUUUUGAAUAUAAUGUGGGAUGUUUAGGUUGCUAACAAAAUUUAGUUGUGAUUGUGAUCGACACUAGAAUCAGAAAUGUGUCCAAUCCGUUUGAUCUCACUUAACUUAAAACAAAAUUGGAAUAUUUUCAUUCCCUUUUAGCUUGAAAAAUUUCUCUGGUGAUAUUUUCUGGAAUAAAAUACCCCAAACUCCCAGAGUUUAUAACUUAUAAUUAUGUUUGUUUCUCGUAAAAAACUAGAUUUAAUGCAACUGCCCUCUCAGGCAUGUUCCCUGUAUACCAGUUAUAAUCACAGCACUGUAAUCAACAAAGAGACCAGACUAAUUCUCUACGGGCCUUGUUAUCGUGCUACGGCCAUUUUGGUCAUGCUCUCUGUAUACCUCAUAUAAUCACAGCAUUGGUACUCAAUUAAAGAGACCAGACUAAUUGUAAUUCUCUGCAGGCCCAAGUAUUACAAAAUCUAGUAAUUUAAAGCCUUAAUAUUUGUAGUGUGAAAACGUUAUACAUAUUUUUUGUGUAUCCGCAGUUUGAUUAAAUGAUGUAAAUUUUAUCAUUACAAAAGACCACACGACAAACUGCAGUAAAAGUUCAAGUUAAGAAGCAGAGUUUUGAGACCAAGACCGACUUCCUCUUUCUUCAAACAAAUCUACAGCGACACGCGGCGACUGAUGCCACGCGGCGACUGAUGCCACGCGGCGACUGAUGCCACGCUCACCAUGUUUGUGGUCAUUCGGUUUACGUUUUAUUGCCGCGUCGCCUAAAAUGCGCACUUCACACAGAAUUCCACACGUUCUAUUUCUAGUGGUCAAUACGCACAAAUUUACCCAAACCUUAUAGUGUUGUAGCAUUGUGUCCGCCAUACCUCAAAAAGGCUUAUGGCAACCUCCUGCCCAACCAAAAAUGGCUUUCAACCCCGAGGAUCAAACCCGUGAUUCAAGUUCAGUGUUGUAUUGUUUGGUUUAAAACCCUGUAAGGCAGGAAUGAAUGGAAGAACCUCCAGAGAAAAAUGAAUACAGACUUGUGUUAGUCUUGUGUGAACAUGGUUUCUUAUUUGCAAGACUAGCACUAGCCAUAACUGAAUAGAAUUUGUGAAGGUUUUGUGAGCAGUGGGAAAGACGACACUGGUCUUGGACUCCUUCAUGGAGGUACAAAUUUCUACCUCCAUUGGUCUCCUUGGAAAGCACCUCCAGGAAUUUGCAUUAUCUAACUGUUUUCCUUUGAAAAAAGGUCCCCACAACGAAUUAAAUUCAGGACUUUAUUUCAAUGUUUUGUAUUAUAGCAUGUGAAAUGUGUUUAUCAUUUAUAGAAUGUUAACUAUGUUUAUUAUUUGUGGUUUACCAUACACUGAUGUUCAAGCAUAAUGUACCAAGUGUGGAACUAAGAAAAAAAGAAGCUGACACAAUGCAGGGUCUUCAAACACUGUAGAAUUCAUAUGCCCACACAGUUUACUUUACAGUGUUGAAGAAGUUAGUUUGUUUUCCCUUUAGUGCACAAAACAAAGGAAGUUCCACUGAGUGUAUAUAACACAGAGCUGUGGGCAAGUUUAUGCAUUCAAAUCAAAGACUUGACAAAAGAGAUCAAGUAAACUGUUAUCAUCGGGGACGGUCAUUGUACAAAACCACUGGGGACAACGCUAACAAAAGAAACUUUCUGAAAAAAAACAUUGGGAAAACAAAAGGGGUUCAUUUGCAAUGUACUUAAAUGUUUGUGGACCUGAGAACAAAAGAAGUCCACAUAAUGUGGGGACUUGAAACACUACACCUUACCGGGCGUUCACACAGUCUUAUUUAUAGUGUUGAAGAUCUAAGAUUUUUCUUAAAGCCAUUGGACACUUUCGGUACAGAAAAAAAAUUAAAAGUUCACAGAUUUACAAAUAACUUACA